GCGACGAUCCGAUUGCCUUGCAGUGACGAGUGGGUGGAGCCGCGGUAUGACCGUACUGUAGCAUGUGGUUGCUCCGCAGUCUGUGAUGAGGGCACAACGGGCAUGCACCAAAGUCUAACGUGUAAGCACUGAGACUGUUUACUCUCUUUGUAUACUCUGCGUUCUUUCCUUCAGUUCUUUAAGCCAAGCCAUCAUUAUGGCGCCGUCUGUGCGAUCAUCUUAAGCCUGCUAUUCUACAGCACCGGUUCCGCAGUGACAGAAGAUUCGACCUUCGAAGAUUCCUUGCCGCCAUGAGGAAUAGCAGCGUUGAACACCUUGCCGCCAUCUCGCCGAUGUCCGAAAAAGCGUCAUUUCAUUGGUCGCCCGGGACUUCACCAUGCAUGACGCCGGAGCUUGAGAAGAAAGCAUGGAUCGCUCCGGCUGGGAGCAUUCUGUCUAAAGAGGUUGUGGAAGAAGUCAAGAGCUUACGGCCAACGACACCGGAAACGGAGAAGAAAGUCUGGAAGACCUCUAUCGUCUCGCCCGCUUCACCGAACCCAGAGUCUGAUAAGGAGCCCGAAGUCCGGGAGACCGAAAAGAUGACCUCGCAAGCAGCGGCUAUUCCAUAUGUCCCGCCCAUACCUCCCAUACCCUCAUACCAGCAGGAGGACGCAUGGCGACGGCGGUCGUCCAGACGCCAGUCGUAUACGUCCCAAAUGACGUUCGGAACGGCCACUGUUGAGUCUCAGACACGACCUACUAGCGAAGUUCCUCUGCUGCAGGGAACGAGGGCUCGGCAGAGUGGCAAGCAUGCGUACGGCACCUCGAGCCCCCUCACCGCCUUACCAGCCAAUCCAUCAAACUUCGAACGGCUCACGGGCCGCAGAACGGGCUACGGUGACCAGUUAACGUAUGAAUUGGCCGGAACGCCAUGGGAACUGGACGAACUGAACCCUCGAAAGUGGUCUCGCCGGAAGCGAUGGGCGCAGACGGCUACUGCCGGUGCCGUAAGCUUCUCGAUCAUGUUUGCGUCGACGACCAUUGCAUCUGCAAGCAUGGAACUUGCGAAGGAAGACCACACGUCCUUAGGAAGUGUUUCCCUGUCCGUUGGAUUCUUCGUUUUCAGUCUCGCUUUCGGCCCGCAGAUCAGCAGAGCCUGCGGCAUGGCGCUCACUCAGCGGAUCACAUACCUAGUGUCCAUGUCAAUAUUCGCUUUGUUCACACUUGUGGCAGGAUUGGCCAGAAACUUCGGCGGCAGUGUUGUGUGCCGCUUGCUGGCUGGUUUAGCCGCAUCGCCUGCCCUAGCCUUGGGAGACACAGUCCUGCUUCACCUCUGGGCGCCGAACGAACGGAGUUUGCCAUUCAUGUUCUACAACGCAUCGCUCUUGCUUGGUCCAUGCUUUGGUGUGGUUCUAGGCGGAUACUUGGCGUGGACAGAGGGUGCGGCAUGGACGCAGUAUAUUGUCCUGUUCGCAUUCAUUGCGUGCCUAAUUCCAAUGGCCCUCCUUUCGGAAACAUCAAAAGCUGGCAUCUUGCUGCAGACGAGAGGCGUCGCACAACCUCAGCAAGGACUCAACACCCAACCGAGCGCGGACCAGGGUCUGUUUGCAUCCUUGCAACUAUUGCUCUCAGACGUACCGUUCGCACUCUUAUGCGUUCAGGCUGGGCUCAGCUUUGCCAUCUUGUACGCGGGCUUCGUUGCUUUCCCUUCAGCGUUCUUCCGAGCCUACGGUUUCGUGCAUGGCACUCAAGGCGUCACUUUCAUGAGCAUGAUCAUUGGCUUGGUUGUGGGAAUCUGCGCACUCACCAUCUAUCACACUUCCUUCUACGUGCCGCGGGUAGAGCACUGGCAAGCAAUCAGGGCCGCAGAACUGGAGAAAGCGCGUCGUUGCUCAACAUCUCAAAGCAGUCGCGCCACAUACGCAAGCAAGAAAAGUACUGCGAGCACUGUGAGCAACUUCUCGCGACGUAACUUGAGACUCACGGCGGACAGCAGGAGCAGUGCAGCGGUCUCGAUCGGGCGCGCCAGCACGAGCACUGCCCCCAUAGUGACACAAAGGCCACCACUGCCAAACUCGAUUGAAGAACAGAGGAACAUCAUGCUCUCCAUCGCAGCGGCGAACUACCUCAACAGCCUCGAGGCGAACGCCAAGCGAAAAAUCCUACCUGAGCGCGUCCUACUGAUACUGAACAUGAACCCAGCAUACGGCGACCUCUGCAAAGCGUUGGAGGGUUACCACGUCCGCUUCGAUCAUGUUCAGCUGGCGAAAGUGCUCGUUGAUGCCCUGCCAGUGCGGCCCACAACCAGGGAUGGCCCAGACGGCGUCGCGGAGACACAACGGAUAACGGAGCCACGCGUGGCACUUCUAAGAUCGAAAAGCCUGCAUCGUGCAGCUGCGGCAGCGGUUCUAGAUACGCCAGCUCCGCCUAUACCACCCAUACCGCAGUCGGUCGUCUCGACAUCCAUACAUGUUUCGCCCCCACCUGCGGAAUGGCGACUCUUCAUGGCGCUGCCUGCUUCCAUACUGACACCAGUAUCGUUGUUGCUGUUCGGCUGGACUACUACGCCGGGUGUCCACUGGGGUGCCCCCUGCUUCGCCAUGGCAGUGUUCGCCUGCUCGCUGCUGUUGACGUUCGUAUCAACGCAGCAAUAUCUCACAGAUCGCUUCGGAGACACGAACGGCGUGAGUGCAUUGGAGUCCAGCAUAUCCACGAGAUAUCUGCUGAGCUUCGUGUUCGUUCUGUUCGCCCUGCCAAUGUACGGGGCUAUCGGAGCAGGCUGGGCAACCACUUUCUUUGCGUUCCUCACUAUAGCAGCAGGCGUCGUACCCUGGCUAAUCGUAUUCACUCGAUGGGCGUGAGGGUAACAUCCAUUCUAGCGUUGGCGUCGCAAGGCAUGAGGUGUUGAUGGUGGGAUACUUACAUGAUGGGCAGGAGGGUUGGGAUAACAUGAGAUGCUUAUACCCC